AUGGUUCUCGACCGACUACAACAAUUGACCCACCAGGUCAGCGCAACUGCACCACCACCUCAUCCAUUGGAUCCUCUGUCUACAUCCGAGAUUGACAAUGCUGUGAGCAUUAUCAGAAAGGAGCAUGCAUCCCUCAACUUCAAUGCUGUUACUCUGUACGAGCCUCGCAAGGCCCAGAUGAUGGCCUGGGUGGCAGACCCUGAACAUGCCCCUCGUCCUGCCCGGGCUGCUGAUGUGGUGGCCAUUUCUUCGGAUGGAAAGGUCUACGAUGGCGUCGUGGACUUGGAACAGAAGAAGAUCAUCAAAUGGGAGCACACGCCUAAUGUGCAGCCUCUGAUUACCAUGGAGGACUUGCAGGAGGUCGAGCAUGUCGUGCGCAAAGACCCCAAGGUCAUUGAGCAAUGUGGGAUUAUUGGAAUUCCCAAAGAAGACAUGCACAAGGUGUACUGUGAUCCAUGGACCAUUGGAUACGAUGAGCGCUUUGGAACCGGUGUUCGCCUCCAGCAAGCUCUUAUGUACUACCGUCCUCACCCAGAUGACUCUCAAUACACCUACCCUCUGGACUUCUGCCCUAUCUUCAACGCUGAGACCAAGCAGAUCAUCCACAUUGAUGUCCCACCUGUGAGAAGACAAGUGAACAAAGCCUCGCCAAACAACUACCACCCUGCUGCAAUUGAGCAAGAAGGUGGUUUCCGCACAGACAUCAAGCCCAUCCACAUUACCCAGCCCGAAGGAGUCUCUUUUGAAGUCAAGGGUAGAACAAUCGAGUGGCAAAACUGGAGCGUUCACGUGGGCUUCAACUACAAGGAAGGAAUCGUUCUUAACAACAUCACAUUCAAUGACAAAGGCAAUGUCCGACCAGUAUUCUGGCGUCUGUCUCUGGCAGAGAUGGUUGUACCAUACGGAAACCCCGAACACCCGCAUCAGCGCAAACACGCCUUCGACUUGGGUGAAUAUGGCGGCGGAUACAUGACCAACAGUCUGGCACUUGGAUGUGACUGCAAGGGUGCAAUCCACUACAUGGAUGCAGCAUUUGUCAACCGAGCCGGUGCAAGCACUAUAAUCAAGAAUGCCAUCUGCAUCCACGAAGAAGAUGCCGGGAUCCUGUUCAAGCACACUGAUUUCAGAGACGAGUCUACAGUCGUUACCCGUGGACGCAAGCUCAUCAUCUCACACAUCUUCACAGCUGCAAACUACGAGUACUGUGUAUACUGGAUCUUCCACCAGGAUGGCACAGUGCAGCUCGAGAUCAAAUUGACCGGUAUCUUAAACACAUACUCCCUGAACCCAGGCGAAGAUACCAAGGGCUGGGGAACAGAAGUCUACCCGGGCGUCAACGCGCACAACCACCAACAUCUGUUCUGUCUCCGUGUUGAUCCUAACAUAGACGGACCAAACAAUACAGUCUUCCAAGUCGAUGCUGUCCAGGGUCCUGGUGAAGUCGGCAGUCCCGAAAACAAAUACGGUAAUGCCUUCUACGCCAAAAAGACCAAGUUCUCCACCCCCCUGGAGGCAAUGUCCGACUACGACGGAUCUACCAGCCGAACCUGGGAAAUGGCAAACACCAACAAACUCAACCCCUACAGCAAGAAACCAGUCUGCUACAAGCUCGUCAGCAGAGAAGUCCCUCCCCUCCUCCCCAAGGCAGGCGGAUUAGUCUGGAACCGAGCAGGAUUCGCACGCCACGCUGUGCACGUUACAAAGUUCAACGACGACCAAAUUCACCCCGCUGGCCGCCACGUCCCACAAACAUCCGGCGAGCCCUCAGCAGGUCUCCCGGCAUGGAUUGAGGCUGCCGGUCCUAACAGUUCAAUCGACAAUACAGAUGUUGUCCUCUGGCACACAUUUGGUCUGACUCACUUCCCUGCACCGGAAGAUUAUCCAAUCAUGCCCGCUGAGCCAAUGACGCUCCUCCUCCGUCCUCGCAACUUCUUCGACCGAAACCCUGUUCUCGAUGUCCCGCCUAGCUUUGCUCGUACACCCACGCAAGUGGCGGCUGCAGCUGGAUCGUGUGGCUGUAAGAAGAGCGAUGGGUCUAGUGUUUUGGUAUGA